AUGCUCCUGGGGAGGCCUUGGGGAAGAUGCCACCCUGGGCGCUGUGCUCUCUUCCUCGGCCUGGCCCUCGUGCUCGACGUUGUGGGCCUGGUCCUUUUGCUACUGGGCAUCUUCGCCUCCCUCGACUUCUGGGACUUCUUGGUCUAUACGGGGUCCCUGAUCCUGGUUUUCAGCCUGCUCUUCUGGAUCAUCUGGUACUCCCUCAACAUCGAGGUGACUCUUGAGAAACUGGACUUGUAG